AUGUAUGUGAAAUGGUUUGAUACAGUAAUGUUUUACUAUGUGAUUUUAGUGAUUUUUGUGAAUGUCACUUUUUGUCAUUUUCAAAUUUCCCGCCGUUCUGUCCCCCAUACGUCCCGACGAUCGCAGGGGACGGAACCCAGAUGACAGAUGCCGGCAUCCGCCGGAUUACAUUGCUGGGGACACUGCAGGAGGGACAUCGCGGGAGCGCAGGACAAGGUAAGUGAUCGAGGGAUCCUGGAGCAGCGCCCCAUGGUAAGCCCGAGUGUAGCUCGGGGUUACCGCUUGUGCUACACUCGGGAAUACCGCCAGGGAGGU